AUGUACUAUGGUAUAAAUAUAAAUGUGUUAUCCAGUUCUCUUGGCGAUGUUUGGACAAACGAUUACUUGUGUUUAUUUUGGUUAAGUUUCAGAAAAUUCAGGAUGGAUGAAAGGAGUACAAAAGAAGAAACUAAAAGUUUGAAUGAAACGAAAGAAGAAAAGAAACCCACACAUUUAGAUGGUGGAUAUGGCUGGGUUGUCGUUGCUGCGUGUUUUGUGGUACACAUACUACAGAUAGGGUAUUUAAGAGCAUUUGGUUUACUCUUUGUUAAAUUCUUGGCAGAGUUUAAAGCACCAGCCUCCUAUACAUCAACAAUUAUGGGAAUUCAGUCUGCUAUUUUCAGCCUGACAUCUCUGUUGGUGUUGAGUAUAUUAAUUGACUAUUGGUCAAUACGAGGCUAUGCUGUACUGGGAUCUAUAUUAACAUCAUCAGGGGUGGCAAUUAGUUAUUUUGCCGAGAAUAUCGAGUUCCUUAUCUUCUCACAAAGUCUUGGAAACGCCUUCACAUAUGGUCCUGGUAUUGUCUUAAUCGGGCGAUAUUUUAAAAAGCGAUUGGCAUUAGCAAAUUCCCUAGCUAAUGCAGGUGCAAGUGCCGGUGCUGUGAUAAUACCAAUUAUUAUUCCGCUGUUUAUGGACGAGUUUGGUUUAAGAGGAGGUCUUCUUAACCUUGGUGGCGUCAUGGCUCAAGUCAUAAUAUGUACCGCUCUGUACAGAGAUCCAGGUAAACAUCCAGAGGACGAAAGUGCAGAGGUGCACGUGGAAGAUUUUAAAAGUUUGGAAUCAUUUUAUAGUUUACCUGAACAAGUUAUAUCAAAAGAUAAGGUGGUAGAUGCCACCCCUGUUUCACCCCACUCCGAUAAGGACAAUAUUUAUCACUUUACUACCGAUAGAAAUAUAUUCCGAGAACGGACAUUAUCCAAUCGAUCUUAUCAGUCAGAUCUGGUUAAACCAUUAAACUCUCCGCCCAUGAAACAUAAUACAUUCCUUAUUGAACAGUCUGAUGAUAAUGGACAUUUACGAAGAAAAACGCACCUUUCAGAGAGUCACAGUAUUGUGGACACCUUAUCGCGAUCCAGAAUGUUAUUGUACGCCAGUAAUCCAAACCUUGUUUAUGCAUCGAUUGUUGAUCUGAAAGCAACUGUCGAACCGUGUACCUCAGAAGAAACCGAGAAAGAAAGAGAUAACAGCAAACUUUUAUCUAAACUCAAAAACAUUCUGGACUUGAGUUUGUUUAAGAAUCCAGUAUUUUGGGUUGUGGCCGGGUUUACACCUACGUGUAUGUGUGGAUCAGCGCUUGCGGCAGCAUUUAUCCCCGCUUUGGGAGUGGAGUUGGGUUUGGAGGAUAGCCAAACUUCGUUAUUAUUAACUAUCAGUGGUGCUCUAGACAUCGUAAGUAGGAUUGUUCCCGGUGUUUUAGCUGAAUUGAAUGUAAUGAGAACUCCUCAUAUGGUUGCCAUAUCCACGUUUACUUUGGGUGUAAUUUUCCAAUUUGUAAGAUUCUUUGAUACGUAUGCCUUAAUGAUAGUUUUAGCGUGCUUGUACGGAAUACUUGGUGGUGUCUAUUUCUCUCUACUGGCUGUGGUAAUUAUCGAACUGAUGGGAUUUGAGAGUUUUACGAAAGUAUUUGGGUUUGUUCAGGUUUUCCAUGGUGCCUCUGCAGCUAUAUGCUACCCCGUCUUGGAUAAUAUAAUUUGGGAAAUUGAGAUGAAAUUAAAUGGUCAACUUACGUCACCUUUUUCUCAAUCCUAUUUUUCUACAUUUGCUCUUGGACCAGCGCUACUUUUCGUAGCUGAAACUGGUGUAGGUGGUUUACGAGAUGUUACAGGAACCUAUGUUACUUGUUUUCACUUUUUGGGUGCCUGCGCUAUUGUUGGCUCUAUCAUAUUAGCAUUAGAACCUUUAGCUAGAAAGAAGCAGGCAUCUAAACAGCGUAAUGGAAAAACACAGUAUGAUAUAGUGCCUUCCAAUGAUAAAACCAAAUCCAACAAAGAGAGUGUGUAG